GACGGACACGGCGCGGGGCAGACGGACACGGCGCGGGGCUGCCCACAGUCCGGCCGACAGCGCACACCGCGGGGACGGGGACGAGCGGCCGCUCACACGGUGGGCAGUGAUGUGCGAGGAGGAGGCCGGAGUGUCCGGACUGCUGACCGGAUCCCCCAGGCGGCGGCUGCCCAGGGUCAGGGUGGGCAGGAACCCCAGCAGCCGCUCCGUGCAGUCCAGCUCCUCGGACACCACGGUGAAAUCCAGUGAGGGCACGGUGGUCCGGCAGCCAGCCAGGAACAAGAUCAAGCGGCACAACAGGGGUCUGGUGAUGGUAUUCAGGGGCCGCAGCGUGAAGGAUGAGCAGUCGGGAGAUGAGGGUGGGGGGGAGGCAGCCUCGGAUGAUCCAGCUGAACUCUCCACGCAGGUCACAGCCCCCGGUGUGCUCAAGAUCUUCGGUGGCGAAAUCUGUGAUGGGGCCAAUUACAAGAGCGUAUUAGCCACGCCACGAUCCAGCGCCCAUGAGCUGGUCAAGGAAGCGCUGGAGAGGUACUCGCUGGACAAGGGCCGGGCUGGGGAGUUUGUGCUGUGUGAUGUGAUCGGGAAGCUGGACGGUGAGCACCAGUGGAGGCCGGAGUGCCUGCGGGCGGUGGGGGACGGGGAGAAGCCCCUCACACUGCAGGCCCUGUGGAAACCCAAGGAAGGCUUCGCUCGGCGUUUCGAGCUGCGGUGCCGAGCGGCCAUGGAGGAGAUGGCGGCCAGAGAGAGAGACACCGUCACCGCAGGGAUUAACGCUCAGGCUCGGAAGAUGCAGGUGACGCGAUCGCGAGCAUCCUCGGCGCUGAUGGGUGAGGAGAUGGAGUGGGGGGCUGCGAUUUGGCGCACGCUCAGCGACUCCACUCUGGGCACUGAAACCCGUGAGCACAAGAGCCACAGUGUGGGGGUUCAGGAGGACAGAGAUCCCCCGUGUCUGGGGUUGGAGAAGGAGGAGACGGAGAGCAGCGAUGACAUUGCCACCCUGUACUCGGUCAGACCCCCAAUCGAGUUCCCCUACUUCCUGCUGCUCCAGGGCUACUGUGACAGGCAGGACUAUGUUAUCUAUACGAUGAGUGGAACAGUGCACAUCUUUGGACGCAACACGGAACAUUCCGGAGAGCGAGAAGAGCGGGUGAAGGUGGACAUGCUUCUGUCGGCCCCAGACAUCCUGCCCCGGCAUUGCCGUGUGCAGCGCUGCGAGGCCGGUGGAGGCCAGGAGCCCAGGAACGGAGUGACGCUGGUGUGGCCAGGGAAGGGAGCGCUGGUCACACACAAUGGCCGACCUCUCAGCAGGGAGACCGAGCUGCAGCCGGGAGACCUGCUGGGCCUCGGAGCCUGUUACCUGCUUAUGUACAAGGAUCCCACACGGCCCGGCUCCAGCCACAAACCCUCCUGGUUCCCGGGGUUGGCAGCAUGCCCGGACGCCGGGGGAGGCAGGUGCCGGGUGUGCGGUCUGGAGCUUCCGGAUCCCGGCACAGAACGGGCGAGGCUGCGGGGCAGGGAGGCCGUGCCCAGUCUCCACGCACCGGACGGUCGCCAGCUGCGGCUUUGUUACCAGCUGCCACAGGAGCCCCGGCUCCUCGGCAAGAUCCUCGACCUGGCCGGGUGGAGCAGCCACAGCACACUCGCCCCCGCCUUCCUCCUUUGUCUCGCCAUCCAGCACUCAGCCAGCACCUUCUCCCUCGCAGAUUUCCGGAAACUUCUGCUGAGUAUAGCGAGCCAUAUCCAGACCAUGAUGUGGGAUAAGACGCAGGAGCUAGCGGCGAGACAGGCAGAGAGUGAGCAGCGGGAUUGUCAGGAUUGUCUGGAGCCGAACAUCGCCGAGCUGAUUCCGGGGCUGCAGCCCCUCGUGUACUGGAUGUCAAACUCCGUGGAGCUGCUUCACUUCAUCCAACAGGAGGUUCCCAGGCUCCUCGGCUGGGAGCAGCAGCUGGAGGAGCUGGGCGGCCACAGCCCACAGCUGGUGAGCACUCGGGCAGCCAGUGAGGAGGCCAUGACUGUCCUGGAGGAGGUUAUCAUGUUCACCUUCCAGCAAUCCGUCUACUACCUGACCAAGACGCUGUACACAGUGCUCCCCGGUUUGCUGGACAGUAAUCCCUUUGCUGCGGGCUCCACACAGCUGACGGUGCCGGUGGGAGUUCAGAACGUGCUGGAGAUCUUGCAGGAGACGCUGAAGCUGCUGAGCCAGUAUCAGGUUCACUCAGACAUCGCCUCUCAGCUCCUCGCCUACCUCUUCUUCUUCUCCAACGCUUCCCUGUUCAACACUCUCAUGGAACGAGGCUCGGGUGGAGGAUUCUACCAAUGGACGAAAGGGGUGCAGAUUCGGGCAAACCUGGACCUGCUGCUGGACUGGAUUCAGGGCCUCGGGCUGGGGGAUCUGGCUGCUGAAUUCUUCCAGAAAUUGUCGACAGCCGUCAAUCUCCUGGCGACACCCAGAGAGAACCUUCUGCAGGCAAGCUGGAGGUCUCUGCGCAAUGACUUUGCCAGUCUGAACCCGGCCCAGCUGCACCACAUGAUCAGGGAAUACAACCCCGGCCGGCCCUGCCCCGCCAUGUGGCAACCGGGGCCUGAGGAGCAGGAGGCAGCCAUGAGGACAGCUGACAUCCUGGAGAGUUUUGACAAUCACCCGCCGCUGAUCCUGCCAACCAGCACAUUCCACUUUGCCCUGGACCAGCCCGUCGCUGAUGCCCAGAGGCUGCAGUCCCCCCUCAGGGAGAUUCAGGAGUUCCUGCAGGACACGACCUUGUGGGCAGCCCCAGAUGGGACCCCCAACGAGAAGCCGCUACAGGAAACCGUGUCAGUGUCGGUGCCGAGUGCCCACACCCAGUGCUUGGGGAGAGGAGUGCGACUGGGGGGCGGAGGGGGUCGUGCCCACAGGCAGGGGGGUCUGACGGACUGUGAGGCCGAGCUGGCACACAAGCUGAAGAACCUGGAGAUUGAGAGCAGGCUCCGUGGGCAGCAGGAACUGCCCCCCCGCAGGCUGCCCCUCGACCCCUCCUGCCUGCUAACCCCCCCCAACACCCCGCAGGGGCCUGAGCCCCCCGACUCCGAGCCGGAGCAUGGGGUGGGGGCCUGCAGGAGGCUGCUCAACGGGGAAAAUGACGAAGAACCCAAGUCUAGGGGUCCGAAAGGAUGUUGGGCUGCCCUGGAGGAAGAGGAGGUUUUCACGGUGGAGCUGGAACGGGCGCCUCGUGGCCUGGGCCUGGCGUUAGUGGAUGGGCUGAGAACCCCUCUGAGUGUGAGUGGCGUCUACAUCAGGUCUCUGGUGCCGGACUCGCCCGCGGCCGCCUGCAGCCGCCUCCCCGGGGACCGUAUCCUGGCCGUGAACGGGACCAGCCUGGUCGGCAUGGACUACCACAGCGGCCGAGACCUAAUCAGAAUGUCUGGGAACAAGCUGCGUCUGCUGGUCGCAAAGUCUGAAGUGCAAGUGGCCACAAAGGUGUUAGAGACGGGUUGCUAGAUGCAGUGGUUAAGAGCCCAGGAUUCUGUGUCAAAGCCCCAGAGACGCGUCACACAGACUACGAGUCCAGUUCUACAUUGGUUAUUUAAAUAAAGUUACUGUGCUUAGCCCGGGAUUGUGCACCAAAGGCCAAAGACGUGAGUGGGAGGUUGACUUAACGACACGGUGCUGGUGUUGAGCCCUGGCAGAAUGUAAGGGGGGUGUUUGUGCUGAGCGGACUCCUCCCCCCAGAGGUUUGGUGCCAUAGCAUUAGUGGACAUUGUGUGGGAUUGUUUGAAGCAGCACAAAUCCUGCUGUUACCUCAACUGUAGGGGUCGGGUGUGGGGGUUCCCGUCACUCACUCCCUACCAGUGAAUUGUCAAGUGAAGCCGCGCUGAAGAAGCAGUGUUAUUCUCUGUGACGGGAGCGAGCCGGACAGACUGUUUUGACGUUUGGUUUCCUGUUGCUUCUUAUUACAAAUGUUCAUCUCUGUUAUUGUUAAUGUUUACCUGGAGCAAGGGCUCAGCCUCUCUCCGCCAAGUCCCUGCUCACAAUAAAGUCUCAGCACUUGUUAGCCUCCA